GACAGGGUGAAAGUGCAGCUGGGGACAAAGUGUGUGGACGCUUCAGUGUGUGUCCCCGCCUCGGAGACACGUGUCCACACCGCUGUGAUCCUCACGCAUGGAGCCGGUGGAGACAUGAACGUCCCUCAGCUCGUGUCUCUGUCUCGCGCCCUGGCUUCAAGUGGCGUCAUCUGCCUGCGCUUCACCUGCAGAGCUCUGAACCUGAGCUACAGGGUGAAGGUGUACCACGCUGUGUGGGACUAUUUGAAAUCACUGCAGAGGUUUAACAUCAGGCACAUAUUCGUUGGAGGCAGGUCAAUGGGGAGUCGUGCCGCUGCAGCUUUAGCCCGGCAGCUGAGUGAGGGAACAGAGGGAGCAGUGCAGGGGGUCAUCUGCCUGUCUUUCCCUCUGCACCCCCCAGGACAGACCCACGCCCACCGCCAGCGGAGUGAGGAUCUCAGGGCGCUGCCGGAACACGUGCCAGUGCUGUUUGUGUCGGGCACCAGGGACAACAUGUGUGAUAAGGUGCUUUUUGACAGGAUGGUGACAGAGUUAAAGGCUCCAACUGAGGUUUACUUGGUAAAAGGAGGCACCCAUGGGCUGACAAGCAGCAUGGCAGCUGAACCGUGGAACAGAGUAAACAUCUCUUUCCCUGGAGCUGUUUCUAGCGUCCGGGUACCUUUCAGCUCAGCUACAGGCACAAACGUUGCAGCUGUGUUGGGGGAAAACGCGAAGGUCCUCAAACUGCUCCGCAGUGAGAUUCUUCAGACGGAGGUUCGAGUCCUCUACGAGCUGCUGUACAUCCUCAACAACAGCUUCAGAGGAAACAAGACGCUCAAGGGUCUGAAGCAGGUGGAACAAUGUGUGAACCGGCUGAAGAACAUGAAGCUGGACGUGGCGCUUGAUGAACUGACUUGUCUGUGUCCCAACAGGAUUCAAAGAAAUCUCAGCAUCAAGACCGGUAACUGUGAUGUUCCCAGUCAGCCCAUGCUGGAGUGGCUCUCCCUCAAGGUGCUGGGAGCCGCCCAGCUGAUGAGCUGCACGCUGGACCGCUGCUGCAGAGCCUUCUCACUCUCACAUCAGCACAUGAAAUGUGAGGAGUUCGUUAUCUUGAAUUUGGUGAUAACCAGCUUGCUCAGUCGUCUGUGGGUGAUAUUCCGUGGCGUCCUGGCCAGCCUGUCCACUCUGUACCAGCAGCUCUUGGAGUUCCUCAGAGAAGUCGCCCAGGCUCAGCCCAUGCCCUUCCUCACAGCCUUCUCCCUGCCCCCAGAUGUGACUCAGCUCCUGAGUCCCUCUCACGCACUGAUACUGAUCAAAAGACCAAAGCCUGGUUCCCACGCCAAAGAACACAAGGAGAUGCAGAAGAAGGAGAAGAGUUCUACUGCUAGAGUCAAGAAACGUGGACAGAAGGGGAGGGUUAGGGAAGAUCUGGGUGUGGCCAUUGAAAGAGGUCUAGUUCAUGACACAGACAUGAAGCCAUUUCUGCAAGAUUUCAGGAACUUUCAAGAGACGCCUAACAAGACAGACGGGACACUGACAUUCAAGAAACUAGUGGGAGAAGCGACUUCAUUCACAGACAUGGCGGCUUGUCUGGAAGAACAGAUCACAUGGUGUAAAUCCCACCAGAGAAAAAAGGAAAAACGUCUUUUAACAUUCCUGCGGUUGAAGUGCCACAAGAUGACGUGCCUGGAGGCUGCCGGCUACAAUGUCGAGAGGAAGUUGCCGAGCUUCAGACGGGAAGCUCUCUUGGCUUCAUCUCUUCAGGGUUCAGCGCCGAGGACCUUCCGCCUCUCUGCCUCCCUGAAGAUGAAUCCUCGCCGGAGAGCGCGUUUUCAUUACCUCAGGAGACAAUUAAGGUUUUCAACAAUCAAGACUGGUGUAAAAAAGAAACUCCUGAGGAUGGAAAGGAGGAGGAGGAGCAGAACGUGUGAGUUAACAGCAUCUGGACCCACAGAGGAAGAAGAAAGUAGCAGGACCACACAUAAGGAGACGCCUCAGACUGUUCACUGUGAAGGCCAAGAUGACAUUGAUGAUAUUUUUGCCUCUGUAGGUUUGUAAUACUUUGAAACAAACUCAGUGCGAGCAGCUGAGCUAUGGACUCUGAAUGAUCACAACAGGGAUGUGACUUGAAGUGAACCUCAGUCAGUAAAACAGAUUUUAACUGGUGAUAUUUUCAAAGCAGGAAAAGUUUAAGAGAUAUAACAGUGGAGAUCAACAGUUAUUUUUGAUACCAGAAUACAGGAGUUUGUGCCUUAGAUGUAAUAAAACCUUUUUAUUAUUGA